AUGAAUAAUCUAUUUACAUUAUUGUUUCUUAUAGAAAUAAUUUCAGGGGCAGAAUAGUGUUAUUGUUCAAAUUUUACUCAACCUUAAUACUGUAAUUAAUUUUAAUAGUGCAAUUGGAAUGGAAAAAACUGUUAUGAAUCUAAUUGUACAGAAAUUCAAACAUCAUCAAAAUGUAUUGCUCCUUAAUGUGCUUGGUAUUUGGAUAAAUGUCAUGAUGGAUAAUAGUGUAAUUAUUAUACAAAUAAACAAAUUUGCAAUUAAGUAUUUGGUUGUGUAGCUAAUGAUGGAUAUUGUCUUCCAUAUGAAGAUUGUAGUUUUUAAACUUAAGAUAAGUGUAAUGGAAUAACUCCUACAGGAAUAUAAUGCUUUUGGAAUUCCUAAACCUAAAAUUGUAUUAAAUUUUAAACAUGCAAUCGAUUAUCUUUGGAUAAUAAUGAUUGUAAUUCAAUACCUUUUUGCAUCUAAAAGAAGAAAUAAUGUGAAAAUUUUAAUAAUUUAGAAUGUUCUGACAUGGAAUCAGUAUUUUCUAUUAUCAUUAUUAGUAAUAUGAAUGUAGUAGAAUGGCCUCUUAUGAAUGUUCAUGGUAAAAUGGUAAAUGUUCAUAUACUCCUUGUUCUACUUAUACCACUUCAUCAUCUUGUAGUAUUAAUUCUUGCACUUGGAAUGGAUCAUCUUGUUUAUAUUGCCCAGUAAAACUUUAUAUAUAUUUAAUUAGAUUGAUAAUUCUUAUAGCAUUUCAUUUAUCAUUAUAAAUCUAUUUAUUUUGGCAGUGUUAUUUUGA